AUGGAUUCCAGUGAAUUUUCAGGAUCUUUGGACCCUCUGUCCUUGCCUGACAAACCACUUGUUGGUGAUCUCCCUGCUGACAUGGAGUUUGGGGAAGAUCUCCUGGGGUCCCAAACAGCUUCUACCCAGGAAGUUUCAGUUCUUCAUCCCCCUGACUGGAAUCAAUCCAAGCAGAUGACUGCAGAUGGGGACUUGGACCUUCUAGUGAAAGCAGACAGCCUGUCUGAACUAAACAAACCAAGUGACCUCGUUCUAAAUAAACCUAGUGUCUUGGAUAUGCUGGAGAAACCUGAUGUCUUAGAUGACUUGGAUAAAACUUCUGACUUGAGGGAGCUAGAUAAAUCGCAGGGUCUGGAUGGGCUCUGUAAGGCACAUCCUUCCCAGGAUGUAGAGGAUGGACUGGCAGACUCCUCUGCCUUCUCUAGAGAAGCCCUUGUUCCAGAAACAUGGAAAGAGGGGGAAGAUGCACCAAAAAAUUAUUCUGGGGACCUAAAGGAAGAUGGUGCUGCUGCUAUUCCUGCACUGUCUGAUGACAAUGCCCCUGAAUCACCUCGACAGCCAGUUCCUGACUCAGGGGCCCUCAGCAGUGCUCCAGCCACGGAAGAAAUCACAGCACAAUCCUCAGGUCUGCCAAUGGCCCCCCCACAACUCAAUCCUAAACAGACAAAGAAGACGAGGUUGAAGGCACCAAGGAAAAGCUCACCCAUGCAAAGGGAAGGGCUGGCAGGGGAAGCAGAGGUGGAACUGAGCCCAGACAACAGUACUGCAGCUUUGCCUCCUGAGCCCACACAGGAAAACCAGGCAGAGGAAGGGGAAGAUAGUGGGAACAACUUGCCUGAAGAAAGUGGUGUACUGAAAGUACAGGAAGCGUCACCACCAGCAGGAGAAAGCCUGUCUGGGAAGGGAAGUGAGCUGCCAACUGAGAAGGAGCAGAAGAGAAGUGAACGAACCAGAAGAUCAGAAACUGCCAGGCCUGAAACUGUGAACUCCUCUGAGAGCAUUCCGGUCUCUGAUGAAGACUCUGAUGCAAUGGUGGAUGAUCCCAACGAUGAGGAUUUUGUUCCUUUUCGUACCCGACGCUCAACUCGCAUGUCUCUACGCACUCAGAUGGCUCAGCGAGCUCCCCGCUCUACUGUCUCCAAGAUGACUUGUGCUAACUGCCGGACCCCACUGCAGAAGGGCCAAACUGCUUACCAGCGUAAAGGGCUCCCUCAGCUCUUCUGCUCCAGCUCUUGUCUCACCACCUUCUCAAAAAAACCGCCUGGCAAGAAGAUAUGCACCUUCUGUAAAAAGGAGAUCUGGAACACCAAGGACUUUGUGGUUGCCCAGAUGGGUUCAGGUGCCUCUUUCCGUGAGUUCUGCACCUCUGUCUGCCUCUCCCUCUACGAGGCCCAGCAGCACAGACCAGCACCUCAGUCCGCAGAUGCCUCGGAUACCAGCCGUUGCAGCGUCUGCCACAAACCUGGUGAGAUCCAGCAUGAGGUCAGCAAUGGGAACGUGGUUCACCGCAUCUGCAGUGAUGCCUGCUUCACCAAGUUCCGGGCCACCAAGGGGCUGAAAACCAACUGCUGUGACAACUGCGGACUUUACAUCUACAACAAGGGCUUGCCCCUGGAGUACCUCUUCCAUGAAGGCCAACAAAAACGCUUCUGCAACUCUGCCUGUCUCAACAGUUACAAGAAGAAGAACACUCGGGUCUACCCAUGUAUGUGGUGCAAGACGCUGUGCAAGAACUUUGACAUGCUGCCCAACGUGGAUCGCAGUGGCAAGAUGGGCCUGUUCUGCUCCAUUUGCUGCACUACGUCCCACAAAGUGAAGCAGUCAGGCUUGGUUGGUUCCCCUAGACCCUGCAGCUUCUGCAGGAAGAGUUUAUCUGAACCCAGUUAUUACAACAAGACAGACCGGGUUGUCUACCAGUUCUGCAGUCCCAGCUGCUGGACCAAAUUCCAG